AUGCCUCAUAACUUUCCCGAUGAUAUCGUCGUCGAUAUACUGCUAAAGCUUCUUGUCAAAUCACUUGGAAAGUUCAAACUUGUUUGCAAAUCAUGGCGUUCUCUAAUUGAAGAUCGUCAAUUCAUCAAACAACACCGUGACGGAUGCCAAAGUGAUAUAAAUUGUCACAGAAUCUUAUUGGCUUGCUGGUACAGGUCGUGUUACCUAGACUGCUACUCCAUAGAUGCUCCACUUCGACAUGAUUCUGUUGUCUCUCCUCUUGAGCUUCCAUUUCAAGAUAUCAAAAUUUUAUGGGAUGAAUUAUUUACGUGUGAUUCUGUAUUUGUGAAUUCUUGCAAUGGUUUAUCUCUUCUAUGCUUCUCUUCUGACAUAAUUGUUUUGUGGAACCCGACCAUCAGAGAAUCAAGAAUAAUCCCUAGUCCAAUCCCUGAUGCGAAUUGGGUUGAGCAUGACCACGAGAUUAUUCAAUGUUUGGAUUUGAAAAAUGAAAAAAUUGAAGAAAUAUUAUAUCCAGAUGGGGCAGAUGAUAUAGAUGAUGAGUUUAUAUUCAACGUUUAUGAUUCAAAAAGACGAAAAUUUGUAGAAGUUGAAGUUGAUGGGCUUGAACAAGUUAAAGCCUCAUGGAGAGUGUCACCCGAGCAGGUUUGCUUUAGCACCAGUCACUUCUCAGGCUGGAGGAGGGCUCAGACACUUGUUACUCGCACUCCGGAGCAGGUGGCUCCCCAGAUUCAAAUUACAGCGGUUCCGCCAGCUGGAGCAGUUCAGCCAG